GCCCGGAAGGGGCGUGGCUCUUCAGAGGCGGCAAAUUGCAAGGAGACGCCGCUACCUUCAUGCUGCCCGCGGACUGCUCGCGCCGGCUGGUGGCCGAGCUGCAGGGCGCCCUGGACGCCUGCGCACAGCGACAGCUGCAACUGGAGCAGAGCCUGCGCGUCUGCCGUCGGCUGCUGCAGGCCUGGGAACCAACUGGGACCUGGGCUUGGGAGCCACCUCCAGAGCCAGAAACUAAUGAAGAGGACCCCCUUCCAGCAUGCACACCCAGUCCACAAGACCUCAAAGAGUUGGAGUUUCUGACCCAGGCACUGGAGAAGGCUGUUCGGGUUCGAAGAGGCAUCACUAAGGCUGGAGAAAGAAACAAGGCCCCCAGCCUGAAAUCUGGGUCCUUUGUCACCUCUCCUGGCACGACAGCCUCCACCCCACCCCAGCCCCCAGGCCAAGCUGGUGGCCAUGCUUCAGACACGAGACCCACGAAGGGCCUCCGCCAGACCACGGUGCCUGCCAAGGGCCGCCCUGAGCGCUGGCUGCCAUCAGGGCGGGAUAGGACCCGUGUUGGGAUAGGAGCCCGAGCCCCCAGGCCUGGAGCGGGCCUCAGGAACCAGCAUAUGGCCCCAUCGGCUGCUCCUCAGGCCCCAGAAGCCUUCACACUCAAGGAGAAGGGGCACCUGCUGCGGCUGCCUGCGGCAUUCAGGAAAGCGGCUUCCCAGAACUUGAGACUGUGGGUCCAGCUCAGUUCCCUGCAGACCAGUGAUUCCAUGGAUGCCGCUGCCGCCAAAACCCAGUUCCUCCAGAACAUGCAGACAGCUUCAGGCGGGUCCCAGCCCAGGCUCAGUGCUGCGGAAGUGGAGGCGGAGGCAAGGCGCCUGCGGAAGGCCUGUUCACUGCUGAGACUGCGUGUGAGGAAGGAACUCUCCGCAGCCCCUGUGGACUGGAUGCAGGAGUACCGCUGCCUGCUCACACUGGAGGGGCUGCAGGCCAUGGUGGGCCAGUGUCUGCAGAGGCUGCAGGAACUGCGUGCAGCGGUGGCGGAACGGCCACCAUUACCGUGUCCUGUGGGGAGGCCUCCCAGAGCCUCGCUGUCCUGUGGGGGCGGAGCGGAGCCUACAUGGAGCCCCCAGCUGCUUGUCUACUCCAGCACCCAGGAGCUGCAGACCCUGGCGGCCCUCAAGCUACGAGUGGCCGUGCUGGACCAGCAGAUCCACUUGGAAAAGGUCCUGAUGGCUGAACUUCUCCCCCUGGUAAGUGCUGCACAGCCGGAGGGGCCGUCCUGGCUGACCCUGUGCCGGGCUGUGCACAGCCUGCUCUGCGAGGGAGGCGCACGUGUCCUCACCAUCCUGCGAGAUGAACCUGUGGACUGAGCCUUUCCCAUGCUGCACCCACCAGGCCUCAGGACCACCUGGGCGCUGGCCUGCCAGGGAGCAUCCCCUCAGCCCUGUUCAGAUGGGGAUUGGGAGUGUCUUCUCUGGCACUGUGCUCGGGGACCCAAAGAUGCCUGUGCUUCCCUGGGAGACCUGGUGAACUGGACCAGGUGGCCUCAGAAGCUCUUCUCAGGACAACUAAGCCUGCUGGUCAGGGCUGACUUUCAGCCUUCCCAAGGCUCCUGGACUCCAGAGGCCAGCGGGGAGCCUUUCCUGCUCCCUCUGUUUUCUCUCAGUGUAAACCAAAGAGCUGCUUGUGUGAUAUUAAAGCCACUUUAGAAAGC